UAAAAAGUUAUCAACAAGAGAAAAUUACCUACACUGAGAAUAGAAGAUUGAAUAUUCUUUUAUUGAAACUACUAACACAUUUUUAUCUAUAUUUUUAUAUAUUUUUAUCAUUUUAUAAAUAUAUUAAAAAAUGUCUGAUAAUAAAAUAGUUACUACUGAUAUCCUACUGGAAUUUCUAGAAGUAGCAUUUAAUCACAUUCUGUUCUUCAGAAAUUUAUAUCCCAAGGAAAUAUUUGUGAAGAAGAAGAUAUACAGCAUAUGUGUAUAUGUGUCUGAACAUCCUGAGCUCAAUGAAUACAUAAGAAAUGUGUUAAAUGCAAUCAGAGAAUUAAUAAAAGAGGAUGAAAAUAGUGUCAGAGCGGUGAAUCUGGUCUUCUGUAAUAAAAGGAAAGAACCAAUUGAAAAAUUUGUCUUUGAUCUUGUAAAAUUGCAAGCAAAUAGCACAGAAAAAGAUCCAUACUAUCUAAAAACAGAAGAAUCGUUGAGAACAAUUUGUUUGAAACUAUCCAUGUGUGAAUCUUAUUUAAAACCAUUGCCAGAAGAUUCAUCUUUCUUCAUUGAAAUUAAAACAUAUGAAACUGCACAUGUAACUUUAAGUGAAAAUCCUUGUUGUGAAGAUUUUCCAUGGAUUAUCAAUGAAGAUGCCCCUGAUAUGACUAACAAGAAUUUACUUCCAUUGAAAACUAUAAAAACAGAAUGUCUAAACUUGCAGAUGUAUGUUAUUGAAGAUGAAAAUAAGAAAUGCAUAAAUUAAUUAUAAUUAUAUGUAGCAAUUGAUUCUGUA